AUGGGUCAAUACGACGCCCCCUCCGGCCCACCACCCACCUACUCCGCUCCCGCCGCCUCCUCCGGCCACGGCGAAGCAGCAAACUACUACGGCGACUCGUCUGCCCCCGCCGCACCCCAAGGCGCCUACUACCCACCCCAGCAGGGCUAUGCGUCGCCAGCCCCUGACCCGAGUCGCGGCUUCAUGCCCCCAGGCCAACAGCAAGGAUACCCACCUCAAGGAUACCCACCACAGCAAGGAUAUCCGCAGCAAGGUCAACCCAUGUAUUAUCAGCAGCAGGGAUAUCCGCCGCCGCAGGGAUAUGUGCAGCAGCAGCAGCAGCAUUCAGGUAGUGGUGCGGGGGGUAUCUGUGCCGGUGUGUUGAGUGCGUUGGCAUGUUGUUGUUGUUUGGACAUUUUGUUCUAG